CACCGCGGUAGGCAACCCUAAGUGCUUGCUCUGUCUAUGUCACUGUUCUUCCUCGGGAGGGCCAAGCCGUUACUUCUAUCGUCUUUUACAUUUCGUUGCCAAGCCUGCUUUUCACCUCUUCGUCUACCGUCGCGCUCGUUUCACGCGACCGGAAUCAUGUCGGAACCGGAGAAGAAGAUCGAGACGGAUGAGGACCUCGAGCGGAAGAAGAAGAAGGAAGAGAAGGCCAGGGAAAAGGAGUUGAAGAAGCAGAAAGCUUUGGAGAAAGCAAAGCUAGCUGAACUGAAGGCAAAACAAGCAAAAGAUGGCACAAACGCCCCUAAAAAGAGCUCAAAGAAGAGUGCAAAACGGGAUGCUUCAGAAGAUAAUCCGCAGGAUUUCGUGGACCCAGAAACUCCACUUGGUGAGAGGAAAAGACUCUCUGCACAGAUGGCAAAACAAUACAGUCCUGAUGCUGUAGAGAAAUCGUGGUAUGCAUGGUGGGAAAAAUCUUGCUUUUUCAAGGCGGACUCUAAGAGUUCCAAGCCACCCUUUGUUAUUGUGCUUCCUCCUCCAAAUGUUACUGGGGCCUUGCAUAUUGGCCAUGCACUAACAUCUGCAAUAGAGGAUACAAUUAUUCGUUGGAAGAGAAUGUCUGGUUAUAAUGCUUUGUGGGUACCCGGCGUUGAUCAUGCUGGUAUAGCUACGCAGGUUGUGGUUGAGAAGAAGCUUAUGCGUGAAAGGCAUAUGACUAGGCAUGACCUUGGCCGUGAAGAAUUUGUAAAAGAAGUGUGGAAGUGGAAGAAUGAGUAUGGUGGUACAAUUCUAGGACAACAACGUCGUUUGGGAGCUUCUCUUGAUUGGUCCCGUGAGUGUUUUACAAUGGACGAGCAAAGAUCAAGGGCUGUCACGGAGGCCUUUGUGAGAUUAUACAAGGAAGGGCUUAUAUAUCGGGAUCUUCGACUUGUUAAUUGGGAUUGUAUCCUGAGAACUGCCAUAUCUGAUAUUGAGGUUGAUUAUACUGACAUCAAGGAACGAACUUUGCUUAAAGUCCCUGGCUAUGAGAAGCCGGUUGAAUUCGGUGUUCUUACUUCUUUUGCCUACCCUCUUGAAGGGGGUUUGGGUGAGGUUGUUGUAGCUACUACUAGGGUUGAAACCAUGCUUGGUGAUACUGCUAUUGCUAUUCAUCCAAAUGAUGUGAGGUACAAGCAUCUUCAUGGAAAAUUUGCUAUUCACCCAUUUAAUGGAAGAAAACUACCGAUUAUUUGUGAUGCAAUACUUGUUGAUCCAGAAUUUGGUACUGGUUGUGUUAAGAUUACUCCUGCACAUGACCCCAAUGAUUUUGAGGUUGGAAAGCGCCAUAAUCUGCAAUUUAUAAACAUAUUCACGGAUGAUGGAAAGAUCAAUACCAAUGGUGGACCUGAGUUUACAGGGAUGGCCCGCUUUGCAGCUCGUGAAGCUGUUGUUGAAGCUCUUGAAAAGAAGGGACUGUACCGAGGUGCCAAAAACAAUGAAAUGAGGCUUGGGCUUUGCUCGAGAACCGGCGAUGUCAUUGAGCCUAUGAUAAAGCCUCAAUGGUAUGUCAAUUGCAGCACUUUGGGGAAGGAGGCUCUCGAUGCUGCUAUAAAUGAUGAAAACAAGAAGCUUGAGUUUAUUCCAAAGCAAUACACAGCAGAAUGGAAAAGGUGGCUUGAGAACAUACGGGACUGGUGUAUUUCAAGACAGCUUUGGUGGGGCCACAGAAUUCCAGCAUGGUAUGCCACCCUAGAGGAUGAUCAACUGAAAGAACUUGGCGCAUACAGUGACCAUUGGGUUGUUGCUAGAAACCAAGAGGAGGCUAGAAAAGAGGCUGCUCUUAAAUUUGCUGGAAAGAAGUUUGAGCUGUCUCAAGAUCCCGAUGUGCUUGAUACAUGGUUUUCUUCUGGUCUCUUCCCAUUAUCUGUUUUGGGAUGGCCAGAUGAAACUGAUGACUUCAGAGCAUUCUAUCCAACAUCUGUUCUUGAAACUGGACAUGACAUUCUCUUCUUCUGGGUUGCUCGUAUGGUUAUGCUGGGAAUGAAACUAGGAGGCGAUGUUCCGUUCAGCAAGGUUUAUUUGCAUCCUAUGAUACGUGAUGCACAUGGGCGUAAGAUGUCAAAAUCUCUUGGAAAUGUAAUUGAUCCUCUUGAAGUAAUAAACGGGGUAACACUCGAAGGCCUUCAUAAGAGGCUAGAAGAGGGUAACUUGGAUCCAAAGGAGCUGGUUGUUGCCAAAGAAGGGCAAGUGAAGGAUUUUCCAAAUGGUAUCCCUGAAUGUGGUGCUGAUGCUCUCCGUUUUGCACUUGUCUCGUACACAGCUCAGUCUGAUAAAAUAAACCUGGAUAUCCUACGAGUGGUUGGUUACCGUCAAUGGUGUAACAAACUAUGGAACGCUGUCAGAUUUGCAAUGAUGAAGCUUGGCGAGGGUUACACCCCUCUGCCAACUCAAAACCCUGAAACCAUGCCAUUCAGUUGCAAGUGGAUUCUUUCGGUGCUGAAUAAGGCAGUAACAAAAACAGUGGAAUCCUUGAAUGCGUAUGAGUUCUCGGAUGCAGCCAACACAGUGUAUGCAUGGUGGCAAUACCAGUUCUGUGACAUAUAUAUCGAGGCGAUCAAACCUUACUUUGCUGGUGACAACCCAGCAUUUGCCUCGGAGAGGGUGCAUGCUCAACAUGCUCUCUGGGUGUGUUUGGAGACGGGUUUGAGACUACUCCACCCAUUUAUGCCUUUUGUUACCGAAGAAUUAUGGCAACGAUUGCCCUCACCCAAAGACUAUCAAAGGGAGGCUUCUAUCAUGAUCUGUGACUACCCAUCUACUAUGGAGAACUGGACAAAUGAAACGGUGGAAACCGAAAUGGAGACCGUUCUGGCAACUGUCAGAUCUCUUAGGGCUCUCAGAGCGGAGCUGCUGGAGAAACAGAAAAAUGAAAGAUUACCAGCCUUUGCUCUAUGUGAAAAUAACUCAACAUCAGAAAUUGUUAAAUCCCACGAGUUGGAGAUCAGAACCCUAGCAAACCUAUCAUCCUUGGAGGUUCUGUUAAAGGGAGAGCACUCGGCCCCGGCUGGAUCUGCAGUCGAGACAGUGAAUGAGAACCUCAAGGUCUAUCUCAAAGUUGAUGGAGCCAUUAAUGCAGAAGCUGAACGAGAAAAGAUCAGAAACAAGAAGGACGAGAUUCAAAAGCAAACAGAGAAGUUGAAGAAGAUGAUGAGCGUGAAUGGGUACGAAGAGAAGGUCCCUGCACAUAUAAAGGAAGAGAACGCCACUAAGCUCACCAAGCUUCUCCAAGAAUUCAAUUUCUUUGAGAAGGAGAGUGUGCGUCUUGACGCAGAGACGACGGCGUCAGGACAACACAACAGACCCCCAAUGUCGGAGGAUGACAGAAACAUAUAAGAGUCGAGUUAAAGCCUCGAAUCACGAAGAUUUUGAUUUAUGAGAGAAAAGGGUUAUUGCACAAUUUGGAAGGUUUUGUCCUUUCGAUUCUUUGUCCUAUUUAUAGACUGACCAGUUUUGUUGCAUUGUAAACCGUACAACUCAGUGUUGUGGGUCUUUUGUCUUGGGUGAUGUUUAAUUACAGGGAUCAUUAUCCGUCUGGAACAGAGGUUUCUCAUAUGAUAAAAAGAAGAAGAAGAAGAGGGCUCAUUUCAUGUA